GAAUGGUACUUCGUAUUCACAAAAAUCCCAUCACGUCAACUCAAGCGGCAAUCGUGAAACAACCGCUCGCCGACAGCGGACGGACAACGGAAGCGCAUUUGAAAGCUACAGCUGGUUCAGGCAGCAAGUUCUCAGAACGGCCACCAUACCGAUGCUGCUCGUGGCAUCCAUGUACAAGUACAAUACGCCAUGUGCACAUGUCCUCGGAUGAAUUGACCCGGAUACGACGACUAUGCGCGAUCUAGGGAGUGUUUGCCUGCGAUGCCAGUUCCGGCUCCUUGUAACGUCAAGGACACGGGUCCGCCUUGGAAUCACGAGCUACAGCACCUACAAUACCGCGCCUCACGAGGCUCAGCCAUACGAUGAACGCUGGGACACGCGCUCAAUGGCCGCGUUUGGCCAGGCUUCGGACAACGGGGCCGUCACAGCAGCACCGACCCCUCUGCCCGCUCAAAGUUGCACAUCGGCCACCCGUCGCACCUCCGCUGUGAACAUGUUCCAGAGCAUCGUCGAGAGGCAAAAUCGGGCGUCCGAUGCACAAGGAGGCACAGGCGCUGACCCCGGAGUGGCCAGCAUUGACCUCAUGAAAGAUGUCGCCAAGAUACAGGCGAUGCUGGAGCGCGAUGGCGAUGGGUUGGACGCUGCGUAUUCCUUCUUUGAAGGCACCGUGUAUCCUCAAAUCAUCAGGGCCGGUGUCCCGCAGGUCGUUAAAAAUCAGGUUGGCUCGACUCUCUUCAACAAUCUGGCCGUUGCGAAGGCAAAGCGCUUCGAAUCCACCCAGCUUCCAAGCGUUACCCGCAUCACAAAGAUUAUGUUGGAGCUGAAUGUUCUCAGGCCCGUCGUCUGGGCGACUCUUAUAUUGGAGCUCAUCCAACACAUCUGUCGCCAGAGCCCAUCUCCAAACGAUUACGCCUCAAUUGAGGAGUAUGAGGCUGCUAUAGCCAGACGCAACGCCUUCUUGAGAGACCUCGUUGGAGCUUGGAAUGUGUUUGCCGAGCAGAGCUCCUCGGCUAACAGAGACCCGGCCGAACCUACAGAGCAGGGUGAGCGCCAAUCCAUUUCCCCCCGUACCGGCGCAACCAACAAACCUCAACGUCGGCCCACACUCUGGCAGGUUUUCGGAGCCAUGUUCCCCAAAUAUCCCCUUCCAACACUGUUUAGGCCAACGUGGGCGGCCUACGCCACUUAUAGGUUGCUGAUUGAUCCAUUCAACCGCACCCGCUCCAUCGAACAGGAAGCUGCCCCAUUCUUUCGGAUGAUGAAGACAUUGAUCUUCCAAUCCCGUCCGCCACGGCCCAGUGACUUCUCCGCAUUGCUAGAGGCCUUCCCGGAUAUUCGGUACAUGCAAUCCCGAAAGUACGGGAAGGACAGAGGUACCACGUUUCUCGCGCCUGUCUCAAUUCCCCAGAACCCCUCGCACCACUUGCGGGCCACGGUCCAUCGCCAACUUGGAAAUGCUAUUAGCAGCAGAAAUCUGGAAGCCCUGAAAAAGGCCUGGGUGGACUUCUGGGGUGUUGCGGCAACUCCCGAUGAGUCUCACGUCAAGGAGCUCGUCAAACAUCCCGAGCUAUUCGACUACUUCAUACUCGCCUAUAUGACUUUACGGCGACCCGAGCUUGCCGUGGAUGUCUGGAAUAGCAUGGAGCGCAUUGGAAUCAAGCCUACCGUCAAGACGUGGAACUCGAUGCUCCAAGGUUGUGCCAAGGCCGGCAAUGCGGACGGCAUCAGAACUGUUUGGCAUAAGCUGAUAGCGUCGGGGACCCAGUUGGACAUAGCCAUCUGGACCGCUCGGAUUCACGGCUUCUUUGCCAGCCGCGACCCGGAUGCCGGACUCCGCGCACUUGACGAGAUGGUCAAGGUCUGGGCUGCGCGCGGCGAGCCUGCCAACAAGUGCAUCGCGGUGCAGCCGACCGCCGAGCCCGUCAAUGCUGUUCUCGCUGGGCUCAUCCGCCUUGGGCGUGAGAGUGAUGCUAGACACGUUCUCCUGUGGGCCUCCAAGCAGGGGAUUGAGCCCGACAUUUACACCUUCAACACGCUGCUCCGCCCUCUGCUCCGUCGCGGCGACAUGGCGGCCAUAGAAGCGCUCUUCGAGACGAUGCGGAGCGCUAACAUCAGUGCCGAUGUCACGACUUUCACUCUCAUUCUUGAGGGCACACUGACCGACAUCAGCCACCUCGGCCCGCCUGAGCAGGUCGCCCUAAUCAAGCACAUCCUCACCGAGAUGAAAUCCGCCGGCAUUGAAGCGAACAUGCAGACGUACGCCAAGAUCCUGCAUCUCCUGCUCCGUCAGGGAGGUGAUCAGGCAAACGAGCCUGUCAAGGCGGUCCUCGCGCACAUUUGGCGACGCGGUCUCGAGCUUACGUCACAUAUCUACACGAUGCUUGCGGAGCACUACUUCUCCCGAGACCCUCCCGAUGCGGCCGCUGUCACUGCACUCAUUGAGAACCGGCGUCUGCACGACAACAAGGAUAUUGAUCGCGUCUUCUGGGAGCGCGUCAUCAAGGGGUACUGCCAAGCCGGCGAAACGGAGCGAGCCCUGGCCAUCUUUGACAGAGUCUUUGUUUCGGGCACCAACAUCACCUUCUCGACGCUGUACGACCUGCUGAAAGCCGUCAUCAAGCACGAUGACGGAACGCACGCCGCUGCUGCCACGCGAAUCGUUGAAGCGGCGCGUAAGAUUGGUAUGGCAGAUGAAGAGCGCACCGGCGACGGCCCUAGCGCUGUCGCUCCUCCUACCACGCACGCCGAGAGGAAGAGGCUAUUCAAGCAUCGCUUUUGGCACCUCGCUCAACAGCAUGGCUUGCUGGGGGAGCAAUUGGGAGUACUGCUAGCAAGUCGUUGAUAAGCAUCUCAUGGUUAGCCACUGUACAUACUAGUCAGGUCCAUGUGUAGAGUAGGUAUGUAGUCAGAUGCACUCCAUGAAGCGGUAUAACUGUGG